AUGGCGGCAGUUGCAAAGGAGCCCCGUGUGCUGCCUUUCUACGGACAUCGGAAAAGUGCGGACUUCGCGGAGUUCAGUAACUUCUUCGAGCUGCACAAGCCGUAUGAAUUCGUGCUUCCGCGAUUCGCCCAGCGGGAAGGAUUCCCGAAGUCCUUCGAGUGCUGGUUCUCGGAGGCAUCCAUCAUGGCUUGCAAAGCUGCACUCUUUGACGACAAAGAGACCUUCGACAAGAUCUUGAAAGCCCAGCGUCCGGGCCAGGCAAAAGCCUUGGGUCGUCAGGUCCACGGCUUUGACGACAACGUGUGGCUGAAGCACGUGGCACCUUGGAGGGACAGUGGAGAGGAGGAGACAGCUUACGAGGUCGUCUUGCAGAAGUUCAGAUCCGACCAACGGUUGGCGACAGUUCUGCUGAAGACAGGGGAUGCCGUUAUUGUGGAGGCUGCGCCGGACGAUCGGCUGUGGGGCGUGGGCCUGCCUACCAGUGACCCGCGCGUCUACGACCCAGAGCAGUGGCAGGGUCGGAACAUCCUCGGCUUCGCACUGAUGAAGGCGCGCGAUGCACUGAAGGCGGUCGCGGUGCCGCAGGGGGAAGCGAGCGAGGAAGCCCCGGCUGAAAGCAAGACGAGGCGCGAGACGAACCUUGCGAAUUGCAAUUCCAAAAUUAGCUUGGCGCAAAGGGAAGCCGAAGCGGCUUUGCCAUGGGACUGCUUUGCAGUGCUGGACUUCGAGGCUACUUGCGAGGAAAACGUGAAGCUGAAUCCGCAGGAGAUCAUUGAGUUCCCCUUGGUCCUCGUGGAUGCACAGUCCUUGGAGCGUGUCGACGAGUUCCGCACCUACGUGCGACCAGAGAGAAACCCGAAGUUGACAGAGUUCUGCACUGAGCUCACAGGUAUCCUGCAAGAGCAAGUUGAUGCAGCUCCAGUGUGGACCGAGGCGCUGAAGCAGGCCCAGAAAUGGCUGCACAAGCGGUCCUAUGGCAGGUGCUUGCUGGUGACCUGUGGCGACUGGGACUUACGCCAGAUGAUGCCGGCUCAAUGCAAGCUGCAUGACGAGCUUUGGGCUAAAUGGGAGAAAAUUGAUGAGAUCCGUGCCACCUACAGAGAGCACGGAAAGAUAUUUUUCUCCUUGGACCCCUCGAGCUCCGGAAGAGUUCCCAAGAUCACGGUGAAGGAGGCUGCGCACGCAGCACAGGUGCUAAAGCCGCUGCUUGAGUGCAUCCAGAAGGCUCCACGUGACUCGAAAGGAUCUGUGAGGCUUUUCAGUGUUCCUGCUUGCGAGAAGCAGUUGCAGAAGCUUGCUGUGCUGAUCUUUGGAGCUGGCAAUGUUCCUGCAAAGUUUGCUGACACACCAAAGAAAGAUGCUUGGUGUUGCAAGCAGAUGUGCAGCCUGGUGAAGCUGAAGAUUCGGAAGCUUCGCGAGACUGGCAAAGCUCCAAAAAGCCACAUUUUCCGUGAUCUGAUGGAGCUGAUUGCGGAUCCCAGAGCUGACUCGGUGGCGCUGCCGCCUUCUGAUGUGUCCACGAUGGUCGUGGACGUUGAGGAGGACGAGGAUUGCGAGUACGACUUCCGAGGGGAGUCAAGUGAGUCUGGAGCCUCCGUAGCGGAGUCUGUCGCUGCAGAUGAUGAUUUGGACGACAUGCCGGAUGCUGCUGACUCCUCUGAGGACCCGUUCGGGUUCUUUGAUGCAGCAGAGGCCGAAGCGAGCUUGAAGCGAGAUGAAGUGGCUACGGGAGAAGAUGAUGGGCACUUUGAGGUGCCACAAGAAGAGCCCAGCACCUCCUCGAGUUCGGCUGCGGUUCCCCCGGUUCCCAAGCUGGCAAAAACGAAGGAGGCGGUCUUCAUCGAUGUGGACGAUGAGUCCGUGACCUGUGGAAAUUGCGAGGUGCCCAAGGUCCUGUGCAGGUGCCUGCAGAUCGAUCAGCUGAAGAAGCAGCUCAAUGCAUUGAGAGUGCAGCGACGUGCCAGGAAGUUGGCCAAGCAGGCUCAGCUCGCCAGGCGAGCAGAGGACAUCUUCAAGCGCACUUGCGGGGAGGAUGACUCAGGAUGCAGCGGCUCUGGCGGGGCUACAGCUGUCGUCCCUUUCCCCUUGCCAGAGGAUGACACGCAGGUCAUGCCAGAUGCGGAUUUGGAUGCCAUUGCAGAUAAGAUGAAGACGGUGAGCUUGGAUUCGGAUGAUGAGCCAGAGCCACCAGUUGCGACCCGAUUCGAAAUCAUACAGUGCAGUUUCUUAUGUCUCGUGCCGUGUGAAGAGUGA